GGGACGCCGGCCCUCGCAGUCCCCGCCGCGCUCCUGGCCGCUCGGACCAUGGCUCCGUCUCAGGCGCCUGGCCGGGACCGUGCGGGCCGCGAAGAGGAGGAAGGCUGGGAGGCGCUGGGAGGCCGCAAGGCCCGGAAGCCAUUGGUGGAGAAGAAGCGGCGCGCACGGAUCAACGAGAGCCUGCAGGAGCUGCGGCUGCUGCUGGCGGGCACCGAGGUGCAGGCCAAGCUGGAGAACGCCGAGGUGCUGGAGCUGACGGUGCGGCGCGUGCAGGGCGCGCUGCGGGGCCGGGCGCGUGAGCGGGAGCAGCUGCAGGCGGAGGCCAGCGAGCGCUUCGCGGCCGGCUACAUCCGGUGCAUGCACGAGGUGCACACGUUCGUGUCCACGUGCCAGGCCAUCGACGCCACGGUCUCGGCUGAGCUCUUGAACCACCUGCUGGAGUCCAUGCCCCUGCGCGACGGAAGCGGCUUCCGGGAGCU